GCUGCUGAUCGAUCAUCGCUUCCUGCUCGAUUUGUUUUCCCUUUCAGCCCAAACCAGUCGAGCGCAGCACAGCAUUCACCGAUGAGACGAGAAUUUUUUUAAAAGAUCACCGCGAAUCCAACACUGCUUUGUUAUUAAUGAAGUUGUAUGCGAUAUUUUUUAACCUGGUACUUUUAUUUUUUGAAGUCGUACUUCGGUUGUCACGUUGUUUAUAUUUUAAUGUACACUAUUCGUAACGAAGUUGAGUCCGUGGCCUGAAGAAAACGACGAUGUCUACAAAGAAACUGGCGAAACAAUUAGGGUUCGUGAGGAAACGCAGUCAGUCAUCAACUGGACAGAAGAAACCACUAACAUCUAAUCAAAUAUUCCCAUAUCUGAUUGUCAUCGACUUCGAAUCCACAUGCUGGAGAGAGAGGAACAGCUACGGGCAGGAGAUUAUUGAGUUUCCUGCUGUUCUCCUGAAUACCUCUACAGGCGAGGUGGAGUCAGAGUUCCAUACGUACGUUCAGCCACAGGAGCACCCCGUACUGUCUGAGUUCUGCACCGAGCUCACUGGAAUCACACAGCAACAGGUGGAGGCCGGGGUUCCCCUCCACAUCUGUCUGUCUCGGUUCUCCCGGUGGCUGCAGACUCUGGAGCACCAGAGGGGUGUGGUCUUCCCCAGGGACCAGAGGGCUCCAAUCGCAGAGCACCGUCCCUGUGCCUUCGUCACCUGGUCAGACUGGGACCUGGGGGUGUGUCUGCUGUACGAGUGUAAACGGAAGCAGCUCCACAAACCUGCUGUUCUGAACAGCUGGAUAGACCUGAGAGCUACGUACAGACUGUUCUACAACAGAAAACCCAAGGGACUGAAUGGAGCUUUACAGGAUCUAGGGAUACAGUUCUCUGGACGGGAGCACUCAGGUCUGGAUGACGCCCGUAACACCGCCCACCUGGCCUGGAGGAUGGUGAGGGAUGGCUGUUUGAUGAAGAUUACACGCUUUCUGGAGAGGGUGAGUGGCUCCCUGACAAACCCCCACUCCUACGCCCCCAGUACUAACAACCCCACCGUGCUGACAACCCCUGGACUACUGUACUACGCCUCUAAAGACUCACCCAGUGGCGAACUACAUCGAACCCUUGGAUUUCUGUCAACGCCCCAGAAUACCCACUCCUCCUCCCGUAAAGACUUACGCAGGCGCCUUUGAAGACCAAACCCCUGUUUGGAAAUGGGAACGUGCCAGGGGAUGGUUGUCCUGGCAACAAGAGGGAUAACAAAACCACUAUCAAAAACCCCUCCAAGACGACAGAGAGCGGUGGUGGCGGCCAUCUUGAAAAUCGACCCAACAGCAAGCCAGUUAGCAACACGGACGUUGUUGAGACACGACCCAAGCCUUCAGACAACAUGGUUCCCAACACAGAGGUGAACUCUAACUUAACCGCUGAACCUGUUCAGUAUCAGAGUAUUGUUUCACCAAAGACCCUUCUCAAUGGUCUGACCACUCCAAUGUGUGGUGGUGGUGGUAGUAGCAGAACAGGUAGAAUAGGAACCAUACGGUCCGUCUCCUCUCCUAUGACUUUCAAUAUCCCCUCUCCUCAUCACUACAUCAACAGCCUCGUUCUGGUCUCCACUAUGGUGAAUUGCAUUACCCAUCUACCCCAGCCAGACCCGACCCUUGACCCGAAAACAGCAAGUAUGGAGGAGGACGUGCCCAUCUCGUGCGGUUCGUAUGACGACGUGGUAUUGGAGGAGGACUGGGAUGUCACGGUUGGUGACGAGGCUUCUGUUGCUGAUGUGUACACAGAGAACCAGAGGUUUGAGGUGGAUGAUACCUCGGUUUAUGGGAGGACCUUGCUGUGUCCAAGCCCAGUACAUUCAAAUCCUGGUAGAGGUCCAACCAACAGUAGGCCUAGGUCCAAUACCACCAACACGCCCUGCCAACAUCUGACUAGCCUGGUACACAAGACCGAUACUAGAACAUCCUCCAGUAACUUGGUGUCUUUCAAGGCUGGGACAACAAGGACCUACAACACCUCUGCACCUAACAGUCUGUCCACUUCCUCUUUUGUCACACCCAGACCCGUUACCCCUGGCUCAAACCUCUCAGAUACACGGUCAAGACUGAACACGGAAACGUCAAACUCCUUUGUGAUCGAGAAGAACGAAUCGAGAACAUCCUCCAGUUCUGCAAAAGCUGCGACAACGAGGAUAUACAACACCUCUGGGUCAAAUAGUUCAUGUAGUUUCUCCUUCGACAAACCCAGACCUGUUACCCAUGAUUCCAACCGCUCAGCUACACGGUCAAGACCUCAAACGGCAACAUCGAACAACUCCUUUGUGAUCUACAAGGACAAGCCGAGAGCCUCAAAUACCACUUCCACAUCCAAUACCUCAACAGCAUCCAAUACCUCAACAGCAUCCAAUCAUUCCUUUGUCAAACCCAGACCAGGCCUCCAGAACUCCAACCUCCAUGCUACACGGUCAAGACCUCUCACAUUAAAAAACCCUGGUAACUCCUUCACACCCAUGUCCUCUACGACUAACCUUCCCAAUCCAACUAGACCCAAACCAGUUACCACCAGCAGUGACUCUAACCUCUCUGCUUCAAAGACGCCAAACGGCUCUGCAUCCAGUCUCUCCUUUGCCAGGCCCGGACCUGUCGUCCAUAUCCCCGACCCAUCGACUUCACGUUCGAGGCUGCACGCAGAGAUGCCAAACGCAUCUUUCACGAUCCACAAGUACUCCUCUUGCCUCGCCUCUGUCUCUCGUCCCUCUGUCGGUGGAUCGUUCUCCGUCCUCUCCUCGUCCGUUAACCGCUCCUCGCUCCCGCCGACCCACAGCACCAAGAUCACGGCCCCGCUGUGCGACUGCGGGCGGCGAGCCAAGCGUCUAACGGUGUGUAACGGCGGCCCGAACCAAGGCCGAGCGUUCUACUGCUGCACGGUGCGUAAACACGGCCCCGGGGGGACCAGGAAGGGAUGUGAGUUAUUUAAGUGGGAGUCUGCUCUCCUCCAGGCUAAAUCACCAGCCUCCGCUGCCAACUCCAUCGCUCUGCGUUUUGGUCUCAACUCCAGUGUUGUUCGUCCCCCUGUCGUCGUCUAGGACGAGAUAUCAGUUAGCUUGAGGUCAUAGGGAGACUCUCAACAGCAUUUCCUUCUCAUCCAAUGGGUUCGAGAGGACACAAGGAAUCAAGGAAAUGCAAUUGAGAUUCUCCUCACAAAGGUGUCAUAUUUUAAACUGUACAUUAUGAGAAUGUGUAUGAUGUUGUUUUGUUUUUAGUAUAUGAUUUAUGUCCACAUACUAAAUCUGGUUCGUUCAUUGACCAAUAUCCUGUACAGUUUCUAAAUAGAAUUGAUCCUCCAUAAUGUGAGAUGACAUGAUGUCAUAAUGAAAUGGUAGGUCGGCACUGUCAUAAUAAAAGAUGUCAUGACUUGUAAUUACA